CUUUCGGUUACGUCAAGAUAUAAUAUAUAAAUUUGAAUCUAAAUUAAAGUUAUAUUUGGAAAGAACUUGUGUGCAUUUAGUGGAUUCAGAAGUACUAAAAGCUGCAGAUAUAGAAAAGAUUAUGAGUUCGACAAAAGGAAAACGCAUUAUCGACUCGUUAAUCAGACCAACCCGUCCUCUAAAAAAUCAAAAAGACAGACGCUCAUCUAUUUACCUAUAUAGAAUCACAAAUGAUCCAAAUCCGGAAUCCAGUAUCGCUGAACCAAAAUUCGGCAGAGGAAAAAAAAUCCAUGUAUGGUUAAACGGGGAAGCCCAUUGUUACGAAUUGACCGUCAAUCCCAAUGACUUCAGAACCUGGAACGCCAUUCUUCGUUUUUUCACCAACAGCAUCAAACCAGUCUUUGGAGCUAUUACAAGAUUGCUUGCGUUAAGUUCUAUGCAGUACAUCGACUGUUUUGAUGCGCUGGAUCCCAAUGAAAGAUACGUGGCACUUGGUGCAGCUUGCAAAUUCAAAAUGGCACCUGGAGGAUAUCAUACCUCUUCCGAAAAGGAACUGUACCAACGAGGAAAGGCAACAAAAAAAUUUUACUCCGGAGAAAUGAAUAAGAAAGUCUUACCAUUUUUGAAAGAAACGGGAAGAAAAAAUCUUACUAUAGUCUAUUUAGUAGUAAACGGUAAAAAAUCUCAAAUUCCCCAAAAGCUUGUUCUUAGUUCCAAGGAAUUAAAAGAUUGGGUAUUGAUAUACAGAUAUCUAAGUAAAGUUUUAGAUAUUCCUGAUGGUAUUUCUAGCAUAUGUACUAUCUUCGGUGAUGAAUUAAAAAAACCUUCAGAAUUUCAACACGGUUACCUUUACGUAGCCGUAUCAUUCAAAGAAGAAUUUGUUGAAAUGGAUUACUUAGGUUUGUUUUAUGAAUAUGUUAGUAAGUAUAAAAAUAGUUAUACGUUGGCGAUACAUCGUGCUUCUUCGCGUGCCGGAAAACAUUAUUCGGCGUUUAGAAAAAUUGAAAGAAGAGCCAAUAAUUCGAACAGUUUCAAAGACAAACAGUUGCAAAGUAUACCUAAUAUGCAAAAAGAGAGAAAACCGAAGAGUUCGUUGAAACAAAUACAUCAGGCUGGUCAUAAGGAUACACGGACACGAUCUGAAUCACAACAAACCGGUAGAGUGGUUACAAUUGUGGAGCAUAACCCUUCAACAAGAUCCGACUCUGCAAAGAUGGAACGCUUAAUCCGAGCGGAGUUAGAGAAGCAAUUGGAAGCUCACGAUAAAAAUAUUACCGAACUUGAGCAAAAUAAUUCAAAAGAAGAUAAACAAACUAUGACUUAUUUCAAUAAGCGUCAUAGUACAGAAUUUCAACCGAAGACCAGUACCAGUUCCAAUAUGACAACUUUUGCAGAAUUGGCAGAAUCUCAACGUAAGGAUAGCUCUUCUUCAAACAUGACAGCCAUCACCGAACUGGCAGUUCACAGCAGUGAAACCCCUAGUGAAAUUACUGAGAGUAUAUCAGAAUCCUUGGCUGAAAGUCCUACCUAUACAAUUGUGAAAAUACCUUCAUCGCCACGGCGAUUAACAGUUAUGGAUGCCUCAAUAAACACAAAUAAUAUUUCUAUCGCAUCUGGAUCUAAAAAUACUAACAUUUACACGAGAGAAGUGAACAGUAAGAUAGCUAUGGUGAAACCUACAAUUCGAGAGUCCACAAUAGUGAUUACAAACUUGAAAGAUCCUCGUAAAAUCAAGAAGGUAAUUCUUGUAUCGAGUCAAAAUACCCCUCCAGUUCAUCUAACAAACAGAGAAGACAUAACUGUAUAUAAUAUACCGAAGAAUAAAUACCUUGACAAACAAAGCAAUAAAGCUGGAUACAAACUGGAAGAACUUACGAGAGGUUCACGAAAUGAAACAUCCACUUUUGACUACGAAAAGACCCAAAAUAUAUUUGCCUCGAUAUUUACAAGGGAAGAAAAUUCGCUUCUGGAAAUUUCAGAUGUUGAUAUUGACGACAAAACUCAUACUUCCAGUUACGCAGAAUCAGAUAUAAGUGAAGAGGAUUAUUUAGAAGGGCAUUCCUCUGCCGAGGAAAUAUAUAUGAAAGAAGGAUGUUCACAAUCUUCCAUUUCCACUGAUUCCAUUGAAAAUGCAUAGGUAUUCAUAGGCUUGCUCACAUAAAAAAAAAUAGCAAACUUUUUGAAAAUUUUCAUUGAAAAAUCUGGUUCGAAUUAAUGUAAAUUAUAAAAAAUAGAUCUUGAAAUAAAUU